CUGUGAAAUUCAAACAGAAUUUGUUAGAAGGAAGCGAAAGAAAGGAGGGAAGAAGAAAAAUGAUUCUGAGAACUCCACCUCCCUCAAAGAGGCCACGCGACGGCGGCGAUGCGGACGGCGACGGCAAUGGACAGCUGGUCAUCUACGAGGAUCCGCCGGAGUCAUCUCAGGAACCCUCGGCUUCGGAGCACAUGCUCUGCACCUAUCAGUGUCGCCAGAUGGUCAAAUCAGAUUUUAUUGAAGCCUUAAGCAAAGCUGAAAAUCAAGCUCGUGAUUAUCAAUCAAAAUUUGAGACAUUGGAGGAUAAUUUCCAAAAAGUUGAAUCCGAGAGGAAGAAAUUUGUGGACCAAUUCUUAUAUGCAGAACAGGAGCUUGCAGCUGCAAAAGGGCGUGAACAGGCACUCCAAGAACAACUCUUGAAGGAGGUCACCGAGUCUCAAGAACGAUUAAGGAAACAAAUUCAAUUGAACAGCGAACUCCAGGUAAAGCUCCAAAAUGAGAUGAACCUUCGCAAAAAGGCUGAGUCUCAGGCUUCUUCAGCAGAGGAGAAAACGACAUCUUUAGAAGGAAAGCUAGGCCAUCUCGCAGAAAGUAUAGAAAGGGAAAAAAAGCGACUUCAUGAUGAGCAGUCACAACUGGAAAGUGACUCAAAGUUAUCGAUUUCUAGAAUAUCUGCAAAUCUUGAACAAAUGGAAUGCAGAGCUAAUAAUGCUGAGAGAGAAGCAGAGCUUCUAAAAGAACAACUGAAACAUCUUAAGGAUCAACUUGAUGAGUGUUUGCACCAAAAGAUUGAACUUGAAAGAAAAGUAUCUAGUUUAAUGUUUGAAGAAGUUGCUUCUACAGAGAGUAAUGUUUUAGUCAAGCAUUUGCAACAGGAGCUUCGGAGCUAUGAAUCUGAAGUUAGGGAAGCGCGAAAACUGAGAUCAAGUCAUGAGAACAUUGACCUUUUGAAGGAGAAAUUAUUGGAGGAAAAGAGUCACCGGGAAAGGGCAGAAUCAGAGCUAUCCAAGUUACAGGAUAUCCAGUUAAACAUGAAAAAGUUAGAGGAUCAAAUAUCAUCGUGGAGAAUGAUGAUUACAGACAUACCUGGUGUCACAUGUUUUGAGGACUUGCCUGUUAAAUUUGCAGCUUUACAGAAAGAAGUCAUUUGUAGUACACAGAAGGAGGGCGAGAUAACUGCUCGCUUGAAACAAAUGGAGGUGGCUCUAGAUGCUACUGAAAUUGGUAAACAAAAUGCUGAAGCUGAGUCCGUAUUGGCUAAAGAGAAAGCAGAAGUAUUGAUAUCAGAUAUUAAACGAAUUGAAUUAAUGCUUGCUGUUGUUACUGAGGAAAGAAAUAAAUUAAGAAAUGGUGCUUUCAAGAAUGUUGAAACUCUGGAUGCAUCAAAAAAUGAACCUGAAUCAUUUCUUACGAAGAAAGAUGAUUGCAUUAAAGAAUUAGAAAGUACCUUGCAUGAUCAGAAAUUGAUUAAUAGUCGUCAAGUAGAGGAAAUAAAGUUACUUAAUGAAAAGUUGCACAGUGAAGCAAGAAGAGUGAAGUCAUUGGAGAGGGAGAGUGACCGACUCCGAUCAGAGAUUUCAUUACUAGAGGCAAAGUUGGGUCACGGUGAUUUUUCUGCUGCUAAUACGAAAGUUCUGCGUAUGGUGAAUACACUUACUGUUGAUAAUGAGGCCAAACAAACGAUAGAGGCACUGCAAACAGAGCUGCAAAAAACAAAAGAGAAGUUAAAAGCUGUGGAAGAAUUGAAAAGUCAAUCAGGAGAAGCUGGAAAGCUAGUAGAUAGCUACAUAUCGGAUAAGAUGUUGAAAUUAAAAGAGCAAAUUGCAACACUUGAGAAACGAGAAGAAAGAUACAAGACUGUGUUUGCAGACCGAAUUUCAGUUUUCCGGAGGGCAUGCUGUGAACUGUUUGGUUACAAGAUUGUGAUGGAUGAACACCAUCGACCAAAUGGAAUACCGGUGACACGAUUUACCUUGCAAUCCAUUUAUGCACAAAGUGACGAUGAGAAGCUUGAAUUUGAAUAUGAAUCAGGGAAUACUAACAUUUUGGCAAAUCAUUAUACAUCUCUGCCCGAGGUUUCUCGUCAGGUGGAGAUAUUCAUCCGGAAGAUGAAUUCAAUUCCUGCUUUCACUGCCAACAUAACGGUGGAGUCUUUCAAUAAAAGAACCCUGUCUUAAAUUCAAAGACCAACUAUACUAAUAUUUUUAGCGGGCAACUUACAGUUAUGCUGUAUAUAUCUUGCAUGUUCAACUCUGGGAAUUUGGUCAGUUCGCUAGGAUGGUGAUCGAUGGCUUGGAUUUGAAAAAUAUCACAUUAUUUUUUUAAAACAAUUGAAUAGCGAGGUGGAAUUUUUGGCGUGCUGACGUCCCGAGGUUUAUUUCUUUGUAAGACUAAACUUUUCUUGUUUCGUUAUGUGUAUUUUCAAGUUUGGGGUCUGAGCUUGUAUUCUUUUCCAAAUCUUCCACAGGGAAGAGUCCUAUUUUAUUCCUUAUUUUCCCCUUCUCAAUUUACGUCCCCGCCUAUAUAUUUCUGUUAACAAGGUUUGCAGGGAUGUAUAUUUUAUGAAAUUAGGCACCGAGACAGAUGAUGUAUGGUUCGAGACGAAUGUUUUGGAAGUGCGUCAUAAGAUUGUAAAUGUGAUAACAUUGUUAAAUUGAAAACGAACAUGUUAAUGAG